GAGGUCUCUCUCUGACCACAAAAUAAAUUCUUCUACUUGGCUUGUAUCUAAAUUUGGGGUAUAGCAUUAGCAAAGCAUCUCUGAUAGACUGUCUGAUACGGGAUACGGUGAGUCGGUUGUAACAAGCUUUCUAUUUUCAGCAGAAGUAUGUAUAAACUUCACUUUAGGCGGUAGAUUUUACAUAUCUAACCCUAUACUCUGCUUCAAACUUCAGUCAUUGCCCCUCUACCUGCAAGUUGACACUGACAACUGAUAACAUGAAGAUCUUCCUCAACCCAUUUUCUCCAUAAUAUAUAUAUAUAUAUAUAUAUAUCUUAAGCAAAGCAAGCCAGCCUUGUACAAUUUUGCACGCCAACUCCGAAAUCCGAAUCUCUAGAGCUUUGAGAGUUGAAAAAUGGCGGACCGUAAUCGAACUCUCCGAGUUUUCUGUGUUGGAACGGCCGAUACGAAGCUCGAAGAUCUCCGAUUCCUAUCCAACUCAGUCCGAUCCAAUCUCAACACCUUCUCCAACAACUCUUCUCUAAAGGUACAAGUGGCGAUUCUUGAUGUUUCUUCUGGGCAGAAGAAGAUUGAGAGUUUGGGAGAUUUUAUAUUUGUGUCGAGAAAGGAUGUUCUCUCUUGUUAUUCUGAGUCAGUUGGGCAAGCCCCACCGUUGCUUCCAGAUGACAGAGGCAAAGCUAUUGCUAUAAUGAGUAAAGCACUUGAACAUUUUCUUAAGAAAUCUCACGAGGAUGGUGUUGUUGCUGGAGUCAUUGGUAUUGGAGGCAGUGGAGGGACAUCUCUUAUAUCAUCUGCCUUCAGAAUUCUUCCGAUUGGAGUGCCUAAGGUCAUUGUGUCAACAGUAGCUAGUGGUCAAACUGAACCUUAUGUUGGGACAUCAGAUUUGAUAUUGUUUCCAUCCAUAGUGGAUGUUUGUGGGGUUAAUAGUGUAAGUAGAGUUGUGUUCUCAAAUGCUGGAGCUGCUUUUGCUGGAAUGGUGAUUGGAAGGCUUGAGAGAUCCAGAGAUUUUUCUAGUGUCAAUGAAAAAUCUACGGUUGGUUUAACGAUGUUUGGGGUUACAACUCCAUGUGUAACUGCCGUCCAAGAAAGAUUGCAUAAAGAAGGUUAUGAGACCUUGGUUUUUCAUGCCACUGGGAUAGGGGGAAAGGCUAUGGAGUCUCUUGUUAGAGAGGGAUUUAUACAGGGUGUUUUGGACAUCACAACAACAGAGGUCGCAGACUAUUUAGUUGGUGGUGUCAUGGCUUGUGACAAUUCCCGCUUUGAUGCCAUUAUAGAGAAGAGGAUUCCAUUAGUCCUAAGCGUUGGAGCCUUAGACAUGGUCAACUUUGGAGCUAAAGAUACCAUACCUUCUAAUUUUCAGCAAAGAAAAAUUUAUGAACAUAUUAAGCAGGUUUCACUGAUGCGAACUACGCCAGAUGAGAAUAAAAGAUUUGCUGAAUUUAUAGCAAACAAACUAAACAAGUCAUCAUCAAAGAUCUGUGUUUGCCUGCCACAAAAAGGUAUCUCUGCUCUGGAUGUUCAAGGGAUGCCCUUUUAUGAUCUUGAGGCUACUAAUACUCUUAUAACUGAACUACAGAGACUUAUUCAGACAAAUGAAGAUCGACAGGUGAAGUUGUAUCCUUGUCAUAUUAAUGACUCUGAGUUUGCAAAGGCAUUGGUCGACUCAUUCUUAGAGAUCAGUGCUAAGAAUUCUAAGGAUUCCAGUUUUCUGCAAAUUGCUAGUCCUGUAGCCAAUCAAGAAUUUCAGGAAAAUACUGUUUCCAAGAUGAAUUUGUCAAGCUUUGGGGCCAUUCUCUACAGCCCAAGUGACUUCCCAGAUGCAAGACCAGAAACUUUACAAAGAACCAGGUCAAUAUUGCAGCAGCUGAAAAUUCAAAUAAGUAAGGGAAUCCCAAUAUUAGGGGCUGGUGCAGGGACAGGCAUAUCUGCAAAGUUUGAGGAGGCUGGUGGUAUUGAUCUGAUAGUGUUGUACAAUUCAGGUCGCUUUCGCAUGGCUGGAAGGGGCUCCUUAGCUGGCUUAUUGCCUUUUGCUGAUGCAAAUGCUAUAGUACUUGACAUGGCUAACGAAGUGUUGCCAGUGGUGGAGAAGGUACCAGUUCUUGCUGGAGUCUGUGCUACCGAUCCUUUUCGCCGAAUGGAUUACUUCCUAAAGCAGGUGGAGUCAAUUGGAUUCUCUGGGGUGCAAAAUUUUCCAACUGUUGGGCUCUUUGAUGGUAAUUUUAGACAAAAUCUUGAAGAAACAGGAAUGGGAUAUGGCUUAGAAGUUGAGAUGAUUGAAAAAGCACAUAAACUGGGUCUCUUGACAACCCCAUAUGCUUUUAACCAAAAUGAAGCCGCAGAGAUGGCAAAAGCUGGCGCUGAUAUCAUAGUGGCCCAUAUGGGACUCACAACAUCUGGCUCUAUAGGUGCACAGACAGCUGUAUCGAUGGAGGAAAGUGUAGUUCGCGUUCAGGCUAUAGCUGAUGCUGCACAUAGAAUCAAUCCUAAUGUUAUUGUGCUCUGUCAUGGAGGUCCUAUAUCUGGUCCUAGCGAGGCUGAAUUCAUACUGAAGAGCACGAAAGGAGUGCACGGGUUUUAUGGUGCAUCAAGCAUGGAGAGAUUACCGGUUGAACAAGCUAUAACAAGCACCGUCCAACAAUACAAAUUGAUUUCCAUUGAGUAAAGGUCACUGUAUCUUUUCUUGGUCAAGUCCUGCGCUCUGUAUUGUGAUAUUGUCUUUCUUAUAACUGUGAGAAUGUGAAAAACUUGGAUUUGGGGUUUUAUAUCAAAUAAGCCAAUGAGCUUUGUCUCAAAGAGGCACUUCCUCCUCCCACAAUAAUAGGUGGAGGGUGAGAUUGUGGGUUCAAAACCCACUAGGUGCUUGUGUAACAAACUAAUAAAAAAGAUUUUCUUUUACUUAUAAAAUAAAGAGUUUAAUAUCAAA